CUAAUCGUCAGGAAACAUCGAUCUCCUGCGAGCGGCUAACGGAGGAGACGAGGAGACGCGGACCGCCACCUGGCAGCUGCACACCGCGGCCAGGAUGACCCGACUGGCCGCUCCGAAGCGUCUGAGCCACCUGGCGGAGCCGCUGUGACGAGCAUUAUUCACAAGAUGCUGCAGCUCCCCCUGGUGGUGACUGCCAAAGUGGACCUGGUUCUGCUGCUGCUCACACUGCUCUCCUUCUGGACCCGACUCUCACGCCUCAGCUACCCCAACGCCGUGGUGUUUGACGAGGUCUACUAUGGACAGUUUGUGUCUCUCUACAUGAAGAGAGUCUUCUUCAUAGACGACAGCGGACCACCGCUUGGUCACAUGAUUCUGGCCUUGGGCGCUUACUUGGGAGGGUUUGAUGGAAACUUCAUGUGGAACAGAAUUGGAGCAGAGUAUCCCUGCAGUGUGAGUGUGUGGAGCCUGCGUCUCUUCCCGGCUGUGUGCGGUGCAUUGUGUGUUCCUGUGGCAUAUUGUGUCAUUCUGGAGCUGGGCUUGUCUCACAUGUCAGCAUUGGGAGCGUCGCUGCUGCUGUUGCUGGACAACGCUCUCAUCGUCCAAUCCCGCUUCAUGUUGCUGGAGUCCGUGGUCAUCUUCUUCAUCCUGCUGGCCUUCUUCUCCUACCUGCGCUUCCACAGCGCCCCCUGCAGCUCGUCCGCCAGGUACUGUUGGCUCCUCCUCUCUGGAACAUCCUGCUCCGCCGCCAUCGGGGUGAAGUACGUGGGUGUGUUCUCCUACCUGCUGCUAGUGGGUGUGGCCUCCUUGCACACCUGGAAAUUGAUUGGCAACACAAGUCUCAGCGGCCUGAAUGUGUGUGUCCAGUGUGUGUGUCGUGCUGUGUGUCUCUUUGUAGUCCCGGUCCUGCUCUAUGUCGCCUGGUUCUACGUGCACCUGAGUCUCUUACACCGCACUGGACCACAUGACCAGAUGAUGAGCUCCGCCUUCCAGGCCAGCCUGGAGGGCGGUCUGUCCAGGAUCACCCAGGGUCAACCCCUGGAGGUAGCUUACGGCAGUCAGGUGACCUUGAGAAGCUCCGCCUCCCAGCCAGUCCCUUGUUGGCUCCAUUCUCACAAAGCCAACUAUCCAAUCAGGUAUGAAAGUGGGCGGGGCAGCUCCCACCAGCAGCAGGUCACAUGUUACCCGUUCAAAGACGUCAACAACUGGUGGAUCGUGAAGAACCCGGACAGGGCCGACCUGGUGGUGGGCAGUCCUCCCCGUGCGGUCCGUCACGGCGACGUGGUUCAGCUGCUCCACGGGAUGACAUCACGCUCCCUCAACAGCCACGACGUGGCGGCGCCCAUGAGCCCCCACGACCAGGAAGUGUCCGCCUACAUCGACUUCAACGUCUCCAUGCCGGCGCAGAACCUGUGGAGGGUGGAUAUUGUCAACAGGGAGGAGGAGUCCCAGGUGUGGAAGACCAUCCUGUCGGAAGUUCGAUUGGUCCACGUCAACACCUCGGCUGUCCUCAAGUUGAGUGGCACGUCUCUACCAGACUGGGGUUUCCGUCAGAUGGAGGUGGUGGCUGAAAAGAUGUUGAAAGGUCCCAGCAGCAGUCUGACCUGGACGGUGGAGGAGCACAGAUACGGAACCAGUGAGGAGCAGAAGGACAGAGAGGCGGAGCUUCACUCUCCCACGCACAUCGACGUCAACAGGAAGAUCUCCUUGUGGGCAAAGUUUCUGGAAGUGCAGUGGAGGAUGCUGUCGGUGAAGCAGGAGGAUUCUGAACACAAGUAUAGCUCCGCCCCUUUGGAGUGGAUCACCAUGGAGACCAACAUUGCAUACUGGCUGCAUCCCUCCACCAAUGCUCAGAUCCACCUGAUUGGUAAUCCUGUGUCGUGGGGCGUGGCCAACCUCAGCUUGUUGGCCUAUCACCUAUUGGCUGCCAUCUACCUGCUGAGGAGGAGGCGUGGCAUCAAAGACUUACCUGAUGCUGCGUGGGAGCAGUUUGUGUGUGUAGGUCAGGUGUGUGUGGGCGGCUGGCUGGUCAACUUUGUUCCCUUCGUGCUGAUGGACAAGAGUCUCUUCCUCUACCAUUACCUGCCCGCCCUGGUCUUCCUGCACCUGCUGACCGCCGCCCUGCUGGAGCAUGUGCACACGCACCUGCUCAGCACGGCGACGCAGCGCGGCGUGUUGCAGGUGUGCGUGUGCGCCGUGUUGGUGUGCGUCUUCCUGUCCUACCGCCUCUUCUGCCCUUUGACCUAUGGGAGUCCAGAACUGUCAGCCAGUCAGCUGCGAGCGUUGAAGUGGAGAAACUCCUGGGACAUCCUUUACCGCCAACGCUAGACUCCUCCCCCUGAUGACAUCACCACCAGCCAUGACUGAUCGAUUACAACUGAUCUUAAAAACUUUUUUGACUCAGUUUUUAUUUUUAUUUUUUUAAAUAAUGCAUUUCUGUAUAAUAAUGAGGGGUAAGGAGUAAAUAAGGUUAUUUUAUUUUUUAUUCAGCUUAUUUUGUUUCUUUAUUACGAAAGCUUUUCUCCACUCAAUUUAUGUAAAAAAAAAUUCCAUAAAAUUUUGUCAAUUGAUUUUUUUUUACAUUACCGUAAUUUCCGGACUAUAAGCCGCACCUGACUAUAAGCCGCACCAGCUAAAUUUAGGGGAACAUACAGAUUGCUCCAUAUAUAAGCCACACCCGACUAUAAGCCGCAGGGUUUUGAUGUGUAAUUAGCGUAGUAUAUAGGGGUUCCUGCUACCACGGAGGGGAUUGUCGGGACAGAGAUGACUGUUUGGGAACGCACAGCGUCCCAUUUAUUAACAAUAAAUCUUUCAAUCAUUCAAUCAAACUUUCACAUCUUUGACAUGGCGAACAGCAUUCGUGCAGAGUACAAAUAAUACAACGCUGCAAAGUAAUACAAAGUGCUCGCCUGUGCGUUAUCCAAAUAACCAGCCUACCGGUAUAUGAAAAGUCAGUCUUUAAUCAUUGUGUCAUCGUCUUCCUCCUGCGUACUAAAACCACCGAAAUCCUCUUCGUCGGUGUCGGAGAAGAACAGGCCGUAAAUAAGCCGCACCCUUGUAAAAGCCGCAGGGACCAGAACGAGGGGAAAAAGUAGCGGCUUAUAGUCCGGAAAUUACGGUAAAUUAUGCCCCCAAUUUUUUAUAAAUUAAAUUAUGCCUCAAAUUAUUUUAUAUCGAAUUAUGCUCAACAUUUUGUUUACAUCAAAUUAUGCCCCAAAAGUUUUUUUUACAUCCAAUUAUGCCCAAAAUUAUUUUUACAUCAAAUUAUGCCUCAAAUUAUUUUACAUAGAAUUAUGCUCAACAUUUUUUUUUACAUCAAAUUAUGCCCCAAAUUAUUUUUACAUCAAAUUAUGCCUCAAAUUCUUUUACAUCGAAUUAUGCUCAACAUAUUUUUACAUCAAAUUAUGCCCCAAAAGUUUUUUUUACACCCAAUUAUGUCCCCCAAUUCUUUUAUAUCAAAUUAUGCCCACAUUUUAUUUUUUACAUCAAAGUAUGCAAAAAAAAAUUUUUUACAUCAAAUUAUGCCUCAAAUUAUUUUACAUAGAAUUAUGCUCAACAUUUUUUUUUACAUCAAAUUAUGCCCAAAAUUAUUUUUACAUCAAAUUAUGCCUCAAAUUCUUUUACAUGGAAUUAUGCUCAACAUAUUUUUACAUCAAAUUAUGCCCCAAAAGUUUUUUUUACACCCAAUUAUGUCCCCCAAUUCUUUUAUAUCAAAUUAUGCCCACAUUUUUUUUUUUACAUCAAAGUAUGCAAAAAAAAAAAAUCUUUUACAUCAAAUUAUGCCUCAAAUUAUUUUACAUCGAAUUAUGCUCAACAUUUUUUUUACAUCAAAUUAUGCCCAAAAUUAUUUUUACAUCAAAUUAUGCCUCAAAUUAUUUUACAUCGAAUUAUGUUCAACAUAUUUUUAUAUCAAAUUAUGCCCCAAAAGUUUUUUUUACACCCAAUUAUGUCCCCCAAUUCUUUUAUAUCAAAUUAUGCCCACAUUUUUUUUUUUACAUCAAAGUAUGCAAAAAAAAUGUUUUUACAUCAAAUUAUGCCUCAAAUUAUUAUACAUCGAAUUAUGCUCAACAUUUUUUUUUUUACAUCAAAUUAUGCCAAAACAUUUUUUACAUUAAAUUAUGUCCCCAAAUUAUUUUUUUUACAUCCAAUUGUGCCAACAUUGAAUACAAAUGUGUGAGCAAAAUGUUUGUUUCAAAAGUGUUUUAAAAUUGUGGAAAAGUUAAGUGUUAAAAAAACAUUUUGUGGAGAAAAAAAUCAGUGCAGAAAUAUUGAAAUAUAAUUCAAAUAUUCCAAAUGAAGACACAAGCAAAAUCCUGCCUCAGAAGCAGCCAAUGAGGUGCUUCAGUUCUAUUUUACCAGAAGCGAUCAACAUUUAUGCAUUGUAUUUUUUUCACACUAAAUUUUUAAACACUGGAUUUUAAAACUUUUAUUUUUA